AUGGAUCAGGCAGCUGUGAAGUUGGCAACAAUGCUCCUGAGCAGAGCAUGGAGCGGUGGGUCCAUGGUCGCAGGCGUUGCAAAUGCUGUUGGUCAAGUGAAGCAAGAACUUCCAGAAGCAGACAGUGAUUUGCUUUCGAUGAUCAAGGAGCUGGAAGGUCAGCUUGGUGAUCUUCCUGCCACAAUCAAAGCUGAACCUGCGACCACACCAUCAUCCUUGGAGACUCUUCCGGCAACUACCGAAGAGUUGCAAUCCGCUGGGCGACUGGCCGUUUCGAAAGAUACGCCGUCCACACCCAGCCCUGCGCGGCAAAGAUUCGGCAACAAGAAGGAGAGCCCCCUUCGAGAAGAUCCGUAUAGUGCGGCGGUGGAAAUCUCUGAUGAUGAGAGUAUGCCUUCGAUGUCAGCUUUGAAAGAGAGGCUGAGCAGUGCAAGUGUGUCGAGGCACCCUCGGCCCAAGUCUCCAGGAUCUAAAGCAGAGAUUUUCAGCAGCCCGCCACCUACCCAGAAGAAUCCCAGUCCGAAGAAGACUCCUCCGUUUGCCAGAAUAUCUGGCAAGUGUGAUGAGCGGGAGAAGAUGCUAGAGAUGCUUCAGCAACAAGCCAAGAUCAUCGAAGAACUUCGUGCCAAGAAGAAAGAGAGCCCCUGCAAGACCCCGCGAUGCAAGUCUCAGCGCAGCCCCAAAGCAACCACCCCAAAGCACGGCUCAACUACCACCGCAUCCCAGUCUUCGAAAGACACCAGCGCAAGCUCUGCUAAGAAGCGCUCGAAAAGCCCCUCGCCUCUCCCCAGCAGCCCACCGAAGAAGCCGAAGACCGAGGCCUCGUUGCCGAAGGAUCAGAACAUCAGCCAAGAGCAGAGUGAUGAUCACGAUGAGAAGUUCUGGAACCGGAUGCGGUCCAAGGUGAACCGGAUGUGCUGUAUGACGCCCGGAGGCAAGUUGCAGGUGAGUCCAGACAUCCACGAGAUGUGGAAACAAGCUGGAAUGGUCAGAGACAACUUAGUGUCUCUCAUGGCAGAGGCAAAUGGAGAUCGAGCAGUUUUCGUGCGGAAGGUGGAGCAGUACAAGGAAACCCAGAGGUACCGGAAAAUGAAAACAGAGGGGGGGUUCUACACGGAGACCGAGAUGCGCAAGCCCGUGUCUGAGGGAGGCCUUGGAUUUACUGCGAAGCGGGUCAGUGGCAUCAUAGCGUGGUGCGAGCAGAACCCAGGGCACACACGGGAAAACAAGUACGACGGUGACACGGAGUACUGGGUGGACAUCAGAACCAAAGGUGUCCGAGGCUCUAAGGAGACGGAAGGUCUUAAGGAUUCUACGAGCACCCAGGGUGAGGCCUCUGGCAUGGGAGAUACCUAUCAGCCCGGCAAGCUCGAUGAGGGUUUUGAUCUUCGUGGCCAUUCGUCGGCUUCUGUGGAAUCCGGUACAGACAAAGUGAAGGAGACUAUCCAACGAUACAUGAACGAGGCCGUGACUUCCCGAGACAAGCUGAGCAAGUUCAUGGAACGAUUGGAUCGCAGUGACACAUGUGUGAAAGCGGAAUGGCCGAAGAUGGAGGAGGUCUGUGAUCUCCUCGGCAAGUACUACGACGAACUUGCAAGCAUGCAAGCGGAUGCACGGAUCAAGGAGUUCUCUGAGGAGCAGCAGAAGCUCUUCACGAAGAAGUGCGAGGAUGUGAAACGACAGAUGAUUCUGGCUACUUCCAUGGAGGUGAAGAACAAGAAGCUGAAGAAAAAGACCGCGCAGAAGAGCAACAAGAAGCGUGAGCCUGAAGAGGAACAAGAUGAGACCCCCAAAAACAAAAGGGGUCGCAAGAAGGGACCCAAGGCCAAGGCCGGUGAUGCGUAG